UUGGAUUCUUCCCCGGUUAUGAUGCAAUAGCUGAUGAAGUUGAAUGGGUCUGGGCGCCCUCCUCAAGUAGGUUCGUCGGAGAUGACCGGAUGCUGUACAGCAUCGUCAUUCGCAAGAAAUCGAUAUGAGUUCGCUCUUUGUGUCAUAGCGAGGCCAUGGUCUUGCCUAGACGCCUCCAGCCUCAUGUUUUCGCGAUGUCGUCACUGUCCUUCCUAGCGCUUGAUUGGUCAAAGCGUUUGCGUGUGCCAAACCUUGAACGCAUCGAAACCAACACGGCGUCGCAAAGCUGCAUGAGAGCCCGUGGUACGCGUACAGCAGAGCUAUACUCUACAAGAGAGAGCUGCAUAAUCUCUCAGCACUGUCCUUUCCGCACUUACGCAAGCUCCUCAGCUCAAAGCCAUGCACGGACUCCUAGAUCUAUCUCUGCGGCUUCUCAACCUCAGGGGUACUUCGGAUGCACAAAAACCUAUAUUUGACAUUCAGGCUGCCGUGAAGCCCUCGAGACCGACCAAGACAUCUGGUGCCCCGGACUUUUUUGUCACAGAUGAUGGCCAUUUCGCGGGACCUACACAAACUGGCGACGCCCCAUACCUUGCCCAGACCAAUAUAGCUCCCUUUGUUGGGGUCUCUUACAUCCCGAAUGCACCUUUAGAAACCCAGGUGCCUAUUGCCAACGCAGAGGGUCGGAACAUCUUCCAGAGUCUGGCCAACAUCAGCCCUUACUUUCCUAACCCGCGCGGUUUCGGUGUCGACGAGUAUGCAGUCCCGCCCGGAUCCAAUGUGACCUGGUUGAACAUGGUCCACCGCCAUGGCAGUCGUUACCCUGAGUUCAGUGGUGAUGCAGCAGAAAUGAUGCUUGGAAAAAAGAUUAUGGCCGCUGCAGGGAAAUUUACCGGUCAUGGUGUCUUGGAAUUUCUCAACUACUGGAGGUGGCAACUUGGCGGCGAGAUUCUAGUCCCCAUGGGCAAGCAAGAGCUCUUCAAUUCUGGUACCUUACACUACUACCAGUAUGGGCAUCUCUACCCGAACAAUGGAAGUAAGAUUGUGGUCAGGAGUACCACACAACGCCGUAUGUACGAAUCUGCCGAAUAUUUCAUGGCCGGCUUCUUCGGUCUGGGUUGGACGCAGAACGCGACAUUGGAACUUGCGAUCGAAUCACCGGGCUUCAACAACACACUCGCUGGAUACAAGCAAUGUAACCACAAUAGCUGGACCAUGGCUCGAGAUGCACUCAUGGAGUGGGUCAAUGUGUACCUUGUCGAUGCCCAUAAGCGUUUCACUGACAACAUCACUGGUGAUCUCGACUGGACCAUCGCCGACACCUACAAUGCACAAGCACUGUGUGCCUAUGAGACGGUGGGCCUGGGCUUCUCUCAUUGGUGCGGCUUAUUCACGUAUGAAGAAUGGGAGGGCUAUGAGUACGCUCUCGACAUUGGUUUUACAGCAGGAACCGCAUUUGCUUCACCAGUCGGCCGAGCCAUCGGCGUUGGCUAUGUCCAGGAAGUCCUUGCACGCAUGCAGCAUCACGUCAUCGUCGAUCAGAGUGCUCAGAUUAACAUCACCCUAGACAACAAUACCUCCACCUUCCCCGUUGAUCAGAACCUGAACCUUGACUUCAGUCAUGACGCAAACAUCAUCAGCAUACUGGUUGCCUUUGGCUUGACGCAGUUCGCCGAGCAUCUACCCACCGACACCAUAAAGAAGGACCGCGAAUUUAUACUAAGCUACAUUGAGCCCUUCGCCGGGCGUCUCGACAUCGAAGUCAUCAAAGCACCCGCCCCUGUGAACCCCGACCGGCACUCGAAGGACAUCUACCUUGAUGGUGAGCCGACGAGCUACGUACACUUCAUCCUCAAUCAGCGCACGAUUCCACUGGGAAGGAGCCUGAAGGCUUGUGGUGAUCGAGACGAUGGGUGGUGCGAGAUGGAGACGUUCUUGAAAGUGCAGAAAGAGCAGAUUGAGCUGGCUGAUUACGAUUUCGCGUGCUUUGGAGACUACGAGGACCCGAAGUAUGGAGACGUGACAGACGGGAGGCCGGUGAGAAAGCAGUAGAUGGAUAUCAUUGGUAUAUCAACAGGACGAACGGAGGGGUAAUCAGGCAACGUGUAGAUUUGAUAGAAGAUGGUACAUAGAACAAACUCCCAACACAUUGGAGGUUUAGCAGCUCGUUUUGAUGCACACACAGGCUUUCCUCCAGAUUUU